GGUAUAUACAAAAUACUAUAACAUAGUAACAUACGAAGGUCUUCCAAGGGAAGAAGUUGCGCCAUUAACGACCCAGAAGACUUUACCUCCAAAUCUCCAACAGCCUUCAAUCUCUGCAAUUUCACUCACCUUCCCUCUUCUCCAUAUAAGCUCUAGACCCUUACACACACACACACCUAUACUUACAGUUUGUGUAUAUCUAUAUAUACACACAUACGCGCACACUAUUGUAACAGAGGGUCUCAGCUCGCAAAUGGGUUGCUCCUCCUCCCUUCCAGAUAGAGGUUCUGGGCGGUUGGUUGGGCCGAAUGUGGAAAACGGUGGAGCUGCAGACGCCAAAAAUCUACGCGUGAAGCUAGUUUUGUUGGGUGAUUCUGGUGUUGGUAAGAGCUGCAUAGUUCUUCGUUUUGUUCGUGGUCAGUUUGAUCCCACAUCCAAGGUGACUGUUGGAGCCUCAUUCUUGUCACAGACGAUAGCUUUACAAGAUUCUACAACAGUCAAAUUUGAGAUAUGGGACACUGCUGGCCAAGAAAGGUACGCUGCAUUGGCCCCCCUUUAUUAUCGAGGUGCAGCAGUGGCAGUCAUUGUAUAUGAUAUAACAAGUCCAGAGUCUUUCAACAAAGCACAGUAUUGGGUCAAGGAGCUGCAAAAACAUGGGACCCCUGAUAUUGUCUUGGCCUUGGUUGGUAACAAAGCUGAUCUUCAUGAGAAACGUGAAGUUUCUGUUCAAGAUGGCAUGGACUAUGCAGAAAAGAAUGGGAUGUUCUUUAUCGAGACAUCUGCAAAGACAGCAGAUAAUAUUAAUCUGCUGUUUGAGGAAAUAGCCAAGCGUCUACCCCGUCCGGCUUUAUCAUCAUCCUCAUCAAUACUGAACCCAUGAAGCUGAUUACUUUACAAAAAACAGUUGGUGCUAUGGAAACGUUUGGUUAGCGUUCUGUAAUUUCAAAAUGUGUGUAUAUUGUGAAAUAGUCUGUAGCUUUUGAUUUCCAAUGGUUUCAGUUGGAACGUUAAGAUCAUUAUUUGCACGAAUGAAUGACCUGGGCACCAUAGUAUAGCUUUAUGUUUUAGGGGUGUAAGUUAACCUGGUGGCCCUAUGGACAUAACUACUUUCAUCUAUUUUUUAUACACGUUUCUUCCCACUUCGCAUUA